UGCAGGUCACCUUUUCUAGUUCAUCUUCAAUUAGUCUAGUUCUAGAAGUAGUAACCCAGCAGCCUGUCUACGGUACAGGUACCUGCCAUGUGGCCCCAAGCUGGGCUGAGAUCGGGUUUUAUCCACCAUGGAUGCGCCGGGCCUACUCGGUAAGUAGAAGGAUUGCAUCUAUGGACUUUUGCUGCCUCCAUGUCAUACUCCGAAAGUCAUACCGCAAACGCCAAACACAGGCAGAAUCGCUGUUAGCAAACCAACAAACUUCCAAAUGCAGGAGCGGCAUCGCUAAACUCAUUUGCGAAUUUGACUCAACAAAGUUGAUUUUCUCCAUUGAGGACAUAGCCAUUUCCGGGAUCCUUAAUUAGCAUCGGUGUGCGGCUUGCGAACAGUUUCUUUCUUCAUUUUCCGCAACCGGCUCAAUAUACCAUUGUUUGCGCAUCACGAUCAAAGCUAAAUUUAAUCCUAUCAUCCGAUCGCGUUCACCGGUAAUGCUACUCUGUGCAGAAGCGCCGUGGGAAUUGGAUCAGACAAAGCACUCGCGAUACAUAAGAUCUGUCGUCAGGCGCAUGACAGCAUCUUCUGGCGCUUCGAUGGGGAACAACUGCACCUCGGUGGACAAGGAAGAAAGUGAAGGAGACGCCAGGAUACCAACCCCACAAUCACCAACUUCAGCCAAAGUGUCACUGCCAUUACGAAAGUCUCGGUCGGGCAUUCUCACGCGCGCGCAAUCGAAGCUUGUAAAGAGGACUGCUGCACGUCAGGAAGAGAAUUUCCAGCCUGGAGCCUUCUCGCCACCCAACUUGAAGCGCAAAAUCGACACCGCCAUGGAUUCAUCAUCGUCGCUGGAACAGGGCGCCAACUGGAGUACACUCUCGGCGCUGGAUGAAGCCGUGCAACAACGCCGGCGACAGACGGCGGCGACCUCUCAAGGUCAACCCUCCAAGCAGCAUCUGCGCAGGACCUCCAUUCCACCGUUGUUCAAGUCGGAUGGGUCCGGAUUGUCAGAGUAUGAAAAUGCCCGCGCAGAGCUGAAGUCUCGGGAGCAUGCCUUGGCAUUUGACUAUGAAUGCUUCGCCGACGCGACAGGACCUGAGCGAGAGGCCAACAAGGUUUUACAGCGCUUGAGGAGAAAAGACGCAAAGCUAUUUGCGGAUGCCUCCAAGACCCGAGGUUUCAGCGGACAAAUGCAUGCACGGCAUGUGGGGGAUCACUUCCUCCAUAACGUCGAUUUAAUAAACCAGUCGGCCAUCUAUAAGGUAGCUCGGCGCAUGCCCAAGGGUACCCAUCUUCACAUACAUUUUAACUCUUGCCUCGAUCCAAAGUUCCUGCUGGAUCUCGCCAAGGACCAAGAGCGUAUGUUUAUUCACAGCAACAGACCGCUGCUGCAGAAAAGCGACCUGGACCUAUGCGAAAUACAAUUUAGCAUUGUUCCCCUCAACGAUGAGGAGCCAGGUUGGAACGUUUUUGAGCCAGGAUAUGUGGGAGGUAAAUGGAUGCCAUAUACUACGUUUCGCGCCCAGUUCCCAGGCACCGGGUUGAUAGAGAGCUCCGUCGACGAAUGGUUGCUCAACAAGCUCGUGUUUGGAGCGGAAGAGACUUAUGGAAUACACCAGACAGUCAAAGGAGCUUGGGAAAAGUUCAAUGGCCGGACUCGAAUGAUGAAAGGUCUUUUCAACUACGAAACUGCGUUCAAGAGCUACACUCGCGCCUGCCUGCAAGAUUUUGUGGACGACAAUAUCCAGUACGCAGAGAUCAGGCCAAAUUUUAUGCAUACGAACCAGGUCUUUCACGACGACGGAUCCGCCAAGUAUGAUAACACAUCGAUAAUGCAGAUGAUCGAGGAAGUGUGCAACGAGUUCAUGCCACCAGCGCAUCAGAACGGUCGAAAGGUAUACUUCAAAGGCAUCAAGGUCAUAUACUGCACGCCAAGGAUCUUCAAGAGAGAGCAGGUGGAGAAUGCCCUGGAAGAAUGCAUCAAGUUCAAAAAACGAUGGUCUAAUCUCAUAGCUGGGUUCGAUCUCGUGGGCGAGGAGGCUGCCGGUAAUCCCCUCAAGUAUUUUGUGCCAGAGUUUCUCAAAUUCAGGGAGCAAUGUAAAAAAGAAGAACUCGACAUUCCUUUCCUUUUCCACUGCGGAGAGACGCUCGACAUGGGCGACGAUACACCCGACGGCAACCUCACCGAUGCGCUGCUUCUCAACUCGAAGCGUAUCGGCCACGGUUUUUCUUUGGCACGCCACCCGUACAUCAUGGAGCAAAUGAAGAAGCGCAACAUUUGCCUCGAGCUCUGCCCCAUCUCGAACGAAGUCCUCGGCUUAACACCAAGGGUCAAAGGGCAUGCCAUGUACAACCUGCUGGCAAAUAACGUGCAUUGUACCUUGAACAGCGACAACGGUACACUUUUCAAGUCUUCGCUGAGCCAUGACUUUUACCAGAUGUUUGUGGGGAGGAGCGACACUACAAUUCACGGCUGGAAGCAACUCAUCAAAUGGAGCAUCGAACAUGCCUGUCUUACCGACGACGAGCGUAUCGAGGUCACCAAGCACUGGGAGGAGCUGUGGGUCGAUUUUGUUCACUGGUUGAUCGAGGAGUACAAGGAUCUUGAGGCGGAUGUUGACCAGGCCGAGUAGAUGAAGGACAUGCUCCUCCCGAUUCAAGCAUUAGGAUCACUGUCAUUUUUUUACACAGCGCUGUUUAGUAGAUGCAUUGGAGCUCGGAGUUUCAGCAUGGGUGGGCAUUUGAUGGUUUUGCACAGGCGUUAGGCUAAAGGGCGGACGUUAAGUUGGUGAUUCAUUGCAAUUUGGAGGUCUAUCGAACGGAUUAUUCUUUUACCUUGAUUUUUUCUCCGAAUCUGAGUAUUAUUGGAAGCGCGGCAUAAAAACAUAAAAGGAAAUGAACAG